AUGCUUUUUAUGAAAAACUUGACAAAUCAUCCCAAAUCUAAUUAUAACAAUCUUCAAACGGAACUAAAACAUAAUGCUGAAUCUAUUACCACUACUACUACUACUACUACUACUACUACUACUACUACUACUACUACUACUACUACUACUACUACUACUACUACUACUACUACUACUACUACUACUACUACUACUACUACUACUACUACUACUACUACCAUUACUGCUAGUGUGAAACUGUUACCAUUUAUAUUUCUCAAUAUAACAUCGAAUACUUCUCCUCCUCCUCCUCCUCCUCCUCCUCCUCCUCCUACUACUACUACUACUACUACUACUACUACUACUACUACUACUACUACUACUACUACUACUACUACUACUACUGCUGCUGCUGCUGCUGCUUCUAAUAACAAUAAUAAUACUGACAAAUAG